AUGUGGCGGCCCAACCGCCCAGCCAUGGUUUCAUGCCCCUGCCUGGCGCAUGCCCAUUUGCCACAGGCUCUCUCGCGCGUGGUGGUCCCUGGGCGGCCGGCGCUGGGAUUGCAGAUCUGCGGGCUGUUGCUGUUGCCAGCCGCCGGCUGGCCAAGGCACCGACGCUUUGGCUCCGAGCGCGGUGCGCGGAUCCGGGCUGCGGCAACCCGUGAGGCCGUGAUUGAUGGCUCAGAGGUGGUGAUUCGCAGGCUGACGCAGGAGCAUGAGCUGGAUGUGGAGCUCAUCCAGGGCUUGUUUCAGCCCUUAGAGCUGGAGGAGCUGGUCGCAUUGUGCGACGCUCGGCAGGGCUUCCAAGCAAGCAAGCAGACGCUGCCGUCGGGCGAAUUCAUCACUGACGAGCGGCGCACAUCCAGCUCGUGCCCCAUGCUGUGGCCGCUGAUGAUGCCGCCAGAGGGUCUGUCACAGCUGCCGCCGGCUGCGCGGGGCGGCGUGGAGGCGGAGCUGCAGGCCGUUCUGCGGGUGCAGCGGCGCUGUGCCGAGGUCAUCGGCGUGGAAGAAGGGCGCAUCGAGCCGCUUCAGCUGGUCCGGUACUUGCCUGACCAGUACUACAGGCCUCACAUGGAUACCCAUGAGGAGCCGCACAGGAUGUCCUCCUAUGCCGGCGAGCAAAGAAGUCACACCAUGCUGGUCUUCCUGAGCGAUGUGCCCGAAGACGAUGGCGGCGGCCACCUUCACUUUCCAAAACUGGGUCUCAAGGUGCUGCCGCAAGCGGGGGAGGCGGUGCUCUGGCAGAACCUAAGAGACGGCCAGCCCGACCCGCGGGCCUUGCACGAGGGUGUUGCGCCUACAAGCUGCCAGAAGCUGGUCAUGAAUGUUUGGGUCGCAGAUCGGCCCUUUUCAAUUGCGGCCAUUGCUGCCUGGGGAAGGCGGCAGAAAGAGAUGCAACCAGAGCCUCAGCCAACUACCUCACAAUUCCUGGAUUGA